AUGACUUUCAGCGAGGAGCUCAAGUCUAGGAACUUCAGUAUAUACGGACAAUGGACCGGCAUACUGUGUGUGAUCCUGUGCUUUGCCAUGGGUAUCGCCAACAUCUUCAGCCGCUUCCCCAUCAUCAUCUUCUCCAUCAUUUGCCUGGCAUAUGCACCGAUCAUCUUCUUCGUAGAAGUAGCAUUCUUGCUCAAGCUCCCCAUCUGGUCUGAGGGCUUCCGCAGCUUCUUCCGCCGUCUCCAGGAGAACUGGCCGCGCAUCAUCAUGUACCUGGUCAUGAGCAUUGUGCAGUGGAUCAGCCUGGUCGGUGGGGCCAGCAGCCUCAUUGUGCCGGCCAUUUUCCUCCUGUUCGCCGGCCUCUUCUACCUGCUUGCGGCGCUCAAGCACCAGGAGUUCCAGAGCAGCAAGAUCCUGGGUGGACAGGGUGUUGCUCAGAUGAUCAUCUAA